AUGGCAACUGUACCCAAAAAGUAUAUAGCUACUACAAUAGGCACCUCUAGAGAUGAGUCUGGUGGGUCACUUAAAUUUCUUUUUGAAAACCUCUUUAAAAAUCACUAUGACAAAAUAGUAUUCCUACUUGCUACAUUUAACACACUCUAUGUAAUUGCUUCAUUCUCCGGAUUUUUCCUGAACAUGGUGCAUCUUGCAGUUUUAACAAGGAAGGCUCUGAGAACAAAUUUGGUGUAUACUGUGAUGAUUGGUAUUUGUCUCAAUGACUUGAUUCAAUGCUUUUGCACAAUUUGCAAUUUGUUUAUGGAGUGGAAUAUUGUGUAUAAAGUUGAAGACUGCGAAGAAAAACCAUACUUUCACAUUUUAACUGACAUCUUGGCAGAAACAGUUCAAUACAUGAGCAGAAGAUGCUCUAGUUUACUUGGACUCUUUAUUGCAGGAUUUCGAACGAUUUCCGUAUUAUAUCCAAUGAGUAAUGUUGCCCGUUUGAAUAUAAAAACUGGAUAUUUCAUCAUUUUUCUAAUAUCAGGACUCUGCGCCGGAUGGAGUGCGUUCUACUUCAGUCAAAUUAAAAUUUACAAAGUAGAUCGGUGCUCAAAUGUUAGAACAUACUUGGAUACACCACCAACACCAAGCUACAUGCCCUAUACAUUGGAAAAGGGAAAGCAUGUACUGACAUUUCAGGUUUUGGAUGGAGCAAUGGCUCUUUUAGUUGAUCUACUUUACAUAAUUCUUGUUAUCCUACUUCUUGUAAAGCUGCACAUGACAGCACGAAUAAGGAAAAACAUCAGUAGUGAUAAAUCAACAAACACAUCCAAAUUGUUAACCUUAAUGGCUUGCUCGUUUUGCUGUUCGGAAACGUUGUACGGAUCCUUUUUCUUUGCAGAUAGAUUUAUGUUGUAUGGCUACAAUGAUCGACGCUUUUUCGAGCAGGCUCAAUCAUUUGUUCUAACCUUCCAAAUUUUCAACUCUGUAGCUCACUGCUUCAUCUGCUUUUUUCUGUCUUCGCAAUACAGGGAGACAGUUAAAACUAUGAUUCGUAUCAAGACACCGCCUACAGUGAUGGUUUUGGAGAGUUCGGUGCACCCAACGACAAGAGAAACUUCAAAAACGUCAAACCUAGUUAUUUGA